AUGAGUAUGCCAGAUAACAAGGGUCUUGUCUUUUGUAAAGAAAAUGACUUUGAUGAUGAAGAUCUUACUUCCCAUCACUAUGGUGUGGAAGACGACGUGGAGGAAAGUGAUGAAGAAUUGAACUCUUUAGGACUUUCAUCAAGAAAGGGCAUUUCAAUUCCUCAAAAGAAACUUUCCAAGUCUCACUCCUUUGUCGACGAUAAUAAUCAUGUUCUUUCCGCCAAUUAUUCCUAUACUGAGGACAAGAUGAUUCAAGCUCACGAUGCUAAACUUACAGCGCUUAACCAGUCUCCACAAUCUUCUCCAGGUUUCCCAAGUAGAAGGGUAUCCCGUAGCUCUUCUGUUGUUGAAUAUCAUAUGCCUCCUCCACCUCCUAAAUCACCAAGUAGUCAUAAGAGUCUCUUUGAUAGUCACAUCAAAGAUGUCAGUAGCGCGUCCGAUAAAGUUUCCUUAUUGCCAGCUAAUUUUGCGCCAAUAAAGUCAGCUAGCCAUUCCAAAAACAUUAAUUACAAGAAUAUUGAUUCGGAUUAUGCUGAUGAUGAGCCAGUUUCUCAGGAAUUGAUCCAGAUUUUAAAGGACGUCAAACUCAGUUUGCAAUUGAGAGAAAAAUAUCAAAGAUUAUCAAUGCAAAGAGAUGAUCAAAAUCCAAAAAAUCAGGAUAAUUGGAAGAUUUAUCCUGAGCCCCCAAGUAGAGCUUGGAAUCCGGAAGCAAAAGAACUAAAUAAAGAUAUGCCUAAAGUCACUAUGGAUCAUGAUCAAUUUAAUUUUGACUCAAUUGAUAUUCCUGGUGAAGAUCAAACCUUUUAUUAUAAACUUGAUGAUAGUGGGGUGUAUCAAGUUUACGAUACAGAAGAUGAUACUGCUCUUAUUGAAUUGCCAUCAUUAAAGGAAUAUUAUAUUGACUUGGAAAAGAUCAUUGCCAUGUCAUCUAACGGCCCUGCUAAGUCAUUUGCAUUUAAGAGAUUGCAAUAUUUGGAAUCUAAAUGGAAUUUGUAUUCGCUUCUUAAUGAUUAUCAAGAAACAGCUUCAUCAAAAAAGAAUCCACACAGAGAUUUUUACAAUGUCAGAAAAGUUGACACACACGUUCAUCAUUCAGCAUGUAUGAAUCAAAAACAUUUAUUGCGUUUCAUUAAGAAGAAAAUUAGAACCUCGAGAGAUGAAAAGGUUAUCUACAGAGAUGGCAAAGUGUUGACCUUGAACGAAGUAUUUGAAUCUUUGAAUUUGACGGCUUAUGAUUUAAGUAUUGAUAGUUUGGAUAUGCACGCCCAUAAGGAUACUUUCCACAGAUUCGACAAAUUUAAUUUAAAAUAUAAUCCAAUUGGUGAGUCGAGAUUGAGAGAAAUUUUCUUGAAAACUGAUAAUUUCAUCAAUGGAAGAUUCUUGGGGGAAAUCACUAAAGAGGUAUUCAAUGAUUUGGAACAAUCUAAAUAUCAGAUGGCGGAAUAUCGUAUUUCCAUUUACGGUAGAUCGGCUGAUGAAUGGGAAAAGUUGGCUGGUUGGAUAAUUGAUAAUAAAAUAAUUUCUCACAAUGUCAGAUGGUUGAUUCAAGUACCAAGAUUAUAUGAUAUUUACAAAAAGAAUGGACAAGUGAAUAAUUUCGAAACCAUUAUCAAAAAUUUAUUUGAACCAUUGUUUGAGGCCACCAAAAAUCCAAAGAAAUACCCAAAGAUUCACAUUUUCUUGGAAAGAGUCAUUGGUUUCGAUUCCGUCGAUGAUGAAUCGAAACUCGAUAGAAGAAUUCACAAGAAAUUCCCACAUGCCAAGAAUUGGACCUUUGAGCAAAACCCUCCAUAUUCUUACUAUUUGUAUUAUUUGUAUGCCAACAUCACUGCAUUGAAUCAUGUUAGAGCCCGUCGUGGAUUCAAUACAUUUGUGCUCAGACCUCAUUGUGGUGAAGCCGGUGAUCCAGAACAUUUAUGUUCCGCAUUUUUAGUUUCUCAUAGUAUUUCGCAUGGUAUUUUAUUGAGAAAGCUUCCAUUUGUACAAUAUUUGUAUUAUUUGGAUCAAAUUGGUAUAGCCAUGUCUCCAUUAUCCAACAAUGCUCUCUUUUUGACCUAUGAUAAGAAUCCAUUCCCUUCAUACUUCAAGAAAGGUUUGAACAUUUCAUUAUCCACUGAUGAUCCGCUCCAAUUUUCUUACACUAAAGAGCCAUUGAUUGAAGAAUAUAGUGUGGCUGCCCAAAUUUACAAGUUGUCCAAUGUCGAUAUGUGUGAAUUGGCAAGAAAUUCUGUGUUACAAAGUGGUUUUGAAAAUAAGCUUAAAAAGAAUUGGAUUUCUGCAAAAGUUGGAGUUGAUGGGCCUGAUGGUAACGAUUUGGAAAAAACCAAUGUACCAGAUAUCAGAUUGGCUUACAGAUAUGAUACUUUGAUGAAUGAAAGAGAAUUAAUCCACAAAUACACUUGA